AACCGACUACCGGCUAGUAAUGUCAAAACCGUAAAUUUACAAAACCUCAAUGGGCAAUAAAUCAAGCUCUCACGUUUCCAACUCAUCACGCGUCACCACCGAAACUUCCGGUAAUCCUGCCACUUUUUCUCUCUCCUCCAUUUUCCUCCUUUUAAUCCCUUCUUUAUCUUUCUCUCUCCAUUUUUUCUUCCUCACUCAACUCCAUACUUCCAGAGUAAGCUAACCAACUCCAUUAUUCUUUUUCUCCCAAAAACAAAAAAAUAAAAAAAUAAAUCAAAUGUCAAUACAGUUUCUUUACGUAUGAGAGAGAGAAAAACUCCGGCGUAAAACCACCAUGAUUUCCCGAUUUACCCCUGAUUUCCCGGUAUAUCCCCUCUUUUCUUCGCCGUCUUCCCGCGUUUCUCUCGUCGGUGCUAACCAUACCUCCGCCAGAUUCUGCUCUCGCUAACCUUUUUUUUUUUCUUUUUCUCUCUAAUAAUUCAAAUUUCUUUUUUUUCUGUUAAUUAAACACCAUUUUUUUGUAAUCAGCAAUUGUAAAGCGAGGAAUUCAUCCGUUUUUUUUUUUUUUUUGAAUUUUAUACAAUUUUUUUUGGAUUUUUUUCUGUGGAAAUUUGAUAUGAAGAAGGUUCCACACAGCGCUGAAGCUGUGUUAAUGGAGUUACCGGCGAAGCCGAGCUUUGUACGAAACUUUCUGGUGAAGAUUUUGGUAUUUUGUGUCUUCAUUUUCUGCUUUCGAUUUGCUUACGUUGUCACAAUCCGAGGUGAGUCCUGUGAUGUUGGCGAUUUCUGCUUCUUUUCUAUGCCGGAAUCAUUCAAUUUCGCCGGAACGACGACAAUCGCCGCCUUAUCAUCCGCCGCCGUCGUUUCUACCGAGGCUGUUUCCGUCGAUCGGAAAAACAUCCUAUACACCAGCAAAAACUGGCGGAAAUCCGUUCAAUACUACUCUUCGGUGUUCCAGGAUCUGAUUGCCGAAGGUUUUCUCUCUCCUGAAUCGAAGUCUUUGUGCGUUGAUACGCCGUUAGGGCAGGAGGUGCUCGCAUUAAAGGAGCUCGGAAUUUCCGACGCCGUUGGGGUGGCGAAGACGGCGGCGAAGCCGUUGGUGGUGGCGAUGAAAAACUCCGGCCGCCGUCAACCGUUUGAGAAUAACACCUUCGAUUUCGUGUUCUACGGCGGUGGCGGAAGGAUUGAUAGUUUGAGCAAAUUCGAAGAAAUCGCGGUCGAAAUCGGCCGGACGCUGAAGCCCGAAGGGUAUUUGGUAAUCCACACAAGAACAAAUGAUACAUACAGUUUACAUUCCUUAAUUGCUUUAUUCAAUUGUUGCACAUUUAUUAAAUCCCGUGAAAUUCAAGGUUAUUUUGGUGAUGAUAAUAAUGUUGAUGAUAUUAGUAGUGUUAUGAUUCGUGAGGUUGUGAUGAAGAAGGAAGAAUUUGGUUCAAUUGUGUAUAGUGGUGGUAGUAAGGAAUGCUCGGUUGUGCCGGGGUUUAAGCAGGAGAUUGUUCGAAAAGCCGAGGAAUUGAUACCGGUGGAGCCAUUGAAACCUUGGAUUACACUGAAAAAGAAUAUACAGAAUGUCAAGUAUUUGCCUUCAAUGGUGGAUAUUAGUUUUAAGAGUAGGUAUAUAUAUGUAGAUGUAGGAGCUAGGAGCUAUGGUUCGAGUAUUGGGAGUUGGUUUAAGAAGCAAUACCCGAAACAGAAUAAGACGUUCGAGGUUUAUGCCAUUGAGGCUGAUAAGUCAUUUCAUAAAGAGUAUGAGGCUAAGAAGAAAUGGGUGAAUCUGUUGCCUUAUGCUGCUUGGGUUAAGAAUGAGACCUUGUUUUUCGAGGUUAAUCACGAUCCCAGGGAUGAUCCUGAGGAGAAAGGGAGUAAAGGGCGCGGUAUGGGAAGGAUUAAGCCGGUUCAAUCGCAUGAUGGGGUGUCCCAUGGUGUUGAUCAGAUUGCAGGGUUCGAUUUUGCUGAGUGGUUGAAGGCUACUGUGACUCAGAGAGACUUUGUGGUGAUGAAGAUGGAUGUUGAAGGGACCGAAUUUGAUCUUAUCCCUAGGUUGUUUGAGACCGGGGCAAUUUGCUUGAUCGAUGAGAUCUUCCUGGAGUGCCAUUACAAUCGAUGGCAGAGGUGCUGCCCGGGUGAACGGAGUGCCAAGUAUGAGAAGACGUACGAUCAGUGCUUGGACCUAUUUACUUCCCUCAGAGAGCGUGGUGUUCUUGUUCAUCAAUGGUGGUGAUCUUUGGUAACAGACCAUUCUUGAAUGUCUUUAUUGCUUUUCUUGUAUUUUGUCUAAAAGCUCUGUCUACCAACAAUGCUGUUCAUGUUCUUAUUUUCACAAUUAAUUCUCAGUCAUAGAAGUUGUCUUAGGAUCUUUACUUGCAAAUGAAAAUUACACUUAAUUCAGUUAUACCAUAUUCUUUGAUUUAAUUGUUUCUGUUAAAAUGUAGUUGAUAUAUCCUUAUGCCUGAGGAAUCCUGACUAUAUCUUGGCAAAUAAUACUUUGAUUAUGUAUCUAA